AUGCCAGCGCCUCUCGUGGUCAAUGCAUCGUCAUACGAGAACAACGGACAGUUCGAAAAUCGAGAAUGCUACAGCCAUGCUCGUCACGACGCUUUCUGCAGCGCACGCGUGCCUAGGACGUUCUGUAUGUCCCGCAUCCUGGAUUAUGUUGCGCAGCGCUUCUUAUGCAAUCGUGGGGAUAUCUGCAGUGCUACAACAAAAUUUCUCUUCGUAAUCCGUUGGGGCGGAGCGAAAUCGAAUCAUGGCGUGCGAGUCCAGCAACAAAGUUUCCUCAAUGAUCCAAGUGUGCACGUCG